ACCUGAUCUCUGUCCCUCCCAAACCACAAAGCUCACCCCCAAUCCCCACGCCCCCACGCCUCGGCGGAGAUGGGGCCGUCGGUGCCGAGGAAGCGCAGGGUGAACCGCCCGGAGAACGAGGAGGUCGCGGCCUGGCUCUUCUUGAAGCACCGCUCCAUGGCGGAGCAGCAGCCGGGCGGCCUCCCGGAGCACCAGGCCCGCGCGCUCUCCGCCGCCUACCGCUGCGUCUGCGCCACCAACGUGCCCAUCCGGACCUUCGGCGACCUGGCCAGUCUCAGGGGCGUUCACCUCCUGAAAGAUUCCUUGCCAGGGUCCACCCUUGAUUUGCCCCAAGAAAGCCCUCCAACAUUUGUCUCUGUGGCCCCAUCUAACCUGCACCAGCACCUCGGUGAUCUCCUCAAGACCGAGAAGGGCGCGGACCUAAUUUUCGAGGUUGAUGGUCACACUUUCGCAGCACACCGCUGUGUGCUCGCUGCCCGAUCACCGGUCUUCAGUGCGGAGCUCUUUGGCGGUAUGAAGGAGGGCAACACCGCAGGUGCCGUGCGCAUAGAUGAAAUGGAGGCAGAGGUGUUCAAGGCGUUGCUCUGGUUUGUGUAUACCGAUUCCUUGCCGGUGACAGAAGAGGAAGAUGAGGAUGUCAUAUGCCAGCUUCUGCUUGUUGCGGCCGACAGGUAUGGCAUGGAGAGGCUGAAGAGUAUUUGCGAGGAAAAGCUAUGCAAGUUCAUCAACGCAGCCACAAUAGCGACCAUCCUGACGCUAGCUGAGCAGCACCACUGUGAUGGCCUAAAGAAGGCAUGCUCAAGGUUUCUUGGCUUCCCGGCAAAUCUUAGGGCUUUGUUGGACAGUGACGGCUUCGAUCAUCUCAGCAGGAGCUGCCCUUCCGUUGCUCAAAAUCUGGUUUAUUCGGCCCUUGUUUGGUGGGAUUGAUGCUUUAGCAAUUAUAGUUCCUGGCUUUGAAAUGGUUUUCUUGUACCAGCAAUGGUGCUUAGCUCCUUAGUUUGGUUUCAAGACUUAUUAUCUGCUGUUUAUCGUGGAUUCUUAUUGUAUGACUAUCAGACUACCUAUCCUAACAUUUGAAGAAACUGGAAAUUAGUACUAUCACUUUAUUUUUGUUUC